AUGGUGGGGUCAAGUACAUCAGAGGUCGUCUUCCUCUCAGUAAAUCAGAGCAUCACCAUGAUAGGUAAAGCCUGGUUGAUAGUGAUGCUCUUCCUCCGCAUCUUCCUCCUCCUCUUCGCUGGUUUCCCUCUGUACCAGGAUGAGCAGGACCGCUUUGUGUGCAACACCAUCCAGCCAGGCUGCGCUAACGUAUGCUAUGACAUCUUCUCACCCAUCUCCCUCUUUCGCUUUUGGUUAGUACAACUCAUCACCCUAUGUCUACCAAUAACUAUUUUCAUCAUUUACGUCAUGCACAAAGUCACCAACGCACUCCAAGUUGACAAUAAAACCUACGAACUCAAUAUUCAACAACUGAACACAAAGUUUACCGGAGCAUACUUCUUGCAUCUUGUUUUCCGAACGUUAUUGGAAGCAGGAUUUGGCACAGCCCACUAUUACCUCUUCGGUUUUUACAUUCCACGGAGGUUUUUGUGUCAGCACUCGCCUUGCACUACCCAAGUAGACUGCUAUAUUUCUAGACCGACAGAAAAGACAGUUAUGCUAAAUUUCAUGCUAGCUGUAGGAGCACUAUCCAUUUUCCUCAACGUUUUAGAUUUCUUUUGCACAAUCAAGCGUUCUGUGAAACAAAAUGCAAAAAAGAAAGUCUUGGUAGAAAGGAUUUAUGAAGAAGACUGUAUCAUAUCAAAUUCUUCAAAAACGAAAGAGCAAAAUAUCGAAGGAGUUGAACAUUUUCGAAAACGCCAUGGAAGUAAAAGUUCCAGAGGAGAUCCAGCAAAGGUAAAUUCGGAAUCUCGUCCAUGCUCACCGGGAAUUCCGAUUAGCAACAGCAACGGAAACAAUGGAUAUUCGGCAAAUCAGGAAGGAGCUUUGGAAAGACAAGGCAGUGAUGUAGCUCUAUGUCCGCCGGGAACGCCUAGGUCAAUCCGUGUUAGCAAGCGCAGCCGGCUCAAACCCCCACCUCCUCCACGACGUGAUGUACCAGGAGAUGUACCCGCUCCGGUUAUAGAUGGUUCCAUGACAACGGCUGUGUGUACCAAUAGACUGGGUAAAAGUACUUUGGUGGAGCUAAAUACAGGGUCAGAUGCUCAGCCAAAUGAUGAGGAGAAGAGGUCAGAGUGGGUGUGAG